AUGUCAGGACAUGGCAUCUUGAACGACAGCCGAAACCAGCAAACCAAGUCGAGCGCCGCCGCCCGCCGCUUCGUCGGAGUUCGACAGCGGCCGUCGGGAAGAUGGGUUGCUGAGAUCAAGGACUCGUCCCAGCACGUGCGACUGUGGCUCGGUACCUUCGACACCCCCGAGGAGGCCGCCCGAGCUUACGACGAAGCUGCGCGUGCUCUGCGUGGAGAGAAUGCACGUACAAACUUCACCAUGAACCCCAACUCCCCGCCGGGCGAUUCUUCCUCCGGCGAUCGCGGCUUCCUGGUGAGUUCUGAUGCCGCCCGCGGAGGAGGCGGUGCGUUGGCUUCAUCGAGAGAGAGGUUGAGCAAGAGCCUCCAAGGUAUCAUGGCGAGGACGGCUGACGGCAGGUCGUCCAAGACGAGGGUGAGCGACCACUCCACCUUCGCAAGCGUCUUCCAUCGCAACAGUGACAGCUUCCAUGGGAGCCUUGUCGACGCGAGGAGCAUCGAGAAAGCGGUGGUGCAACCGAGCUUCAUCGUACCUUCGCAACCGAGCGAAGAGCCAUUCACAUCGGGCUCCGACCAGUUCACCGGCACCAGGCAGCUUGCGACCAACUCAAGGAAAGGAACGACUGAUCCGAUGGAGGAGAUAACUCUGUGGAGAUUUGAUCACGACGAGGUUGUGAGAGAGAAGGAAAGAGAGAUGAGAGGCAGCAAAAGGAUCAAGGUGUCUUCUUCCAUCAUCGUUCCCCCCACGUUCAGUGCAUCUGAGCCUUUUGGCGAUGGCCAAUUAAAUUGUACGAGUCUCUAA